CGCACGCGUCUCUCGGGUGCCGGGCCUCGGGGCCACUUGCCUCGGAGCUGAUGUCCGAAACAGAGCGGAGGUGAGGGCGAAGCGGGCCCCGGGCAUGGCAGCCCCCGAGGAGGCGCCCGCACUGACUGAGAGCGCGGAACCCGCACCCUGGGCUCAGCUGGAAGCUCCCGCCCGCCUGCUGCUGCAGGCGCUGCAGGCGGGGCCGGACGGGGCGCGGCGCGGCCUGGGGGUGCUGCGGGCGCUGGGCAGCCGCGGCGGGGAGCCCUUCGCCUGGGGCCCGGUCCUGGAGGCGCUGAGUCGGGAGGAGCCGGUCACCGAGGGCCCAGACUGUCGGCUGCGGCUGAAACCACUGCUGCUGCGAUUGCCCCAGUUAUGCCAGCGGAACCUGAUGUCCUUGUUGAUGGCUGUUAGGCCAUCACUGCCCGAAAACAGGCUGCUCCCUCUGCUGCAGAUCGCACGGCAGGACACAAGCCCUGACCCCGAUCCCUGGCUCCAGGCCUUGGGGGAAUUGCUGCGAAGAGAUCUGGGUGUUGGGGUCCCCACUGAGGGAGUGUCCCCACUGUCUAAAAGGUGCCAGAGACAGCUCCGAGACCUGUGUAGGCAGCUGGGCCCAGGGGGCAGGAAGUUGAAGUUGACCCAGUCUCCAGACCCUGAGGAGGAAAAAGAGAAGGAGGACAAGGAGGACAAGGACUCCCAGUGGCCCAGAGAACGUAGAAAGGCACCAGAAGAAGAGCCUGCUAGUCCUGAGGGGGAGAGGGCCCCCAAAAGGUUCCGGUGUUUGGAAAGGGAAGAAGAGGAAAGUCAUGAGGAGAGAGCUGAACAGGAAUCUUUGGAAACCCUGGCAGAGAGAGGAAGCACAUUACCCAUUAAGAACCAGUCUGUCUUGGGGGCUGAGCCCACUGAGACUGGUCAGAGUCUGGAGGAUGCAAAGGGAUCAGCUGAGAGUCUGGCGCUACCCAAAGCUAUCCAGGAUCAGGUUCCCAGGCUGCAGCAGCUGCUCAAGACCUUUGGGGAGGGACUGCAGGGGUUGGAGGGUGCCCCCCCAGUUGAGCUGCAGCUCCUCCAUGAAUGCAGCUCCAGCCAGAUGGACCUGCUAUGUGCCCAGCUGCAGCUGCCCCAGCUCUCGGACACAGGUCUCCUGCAGCUCUGUACCUGGCUGCUGUCCCUUUCACCAGAUCUUAGCCUCAGCAAUGCCACUGUGUUAGCCAGGAGCCUCUUUCUUGGACGGAUUCUCUCCCUGACUUCCUCAGCCUCCCGCUUGCUCACAAUUUCCCUGACUUCCUUCUGUGCCAAAUAUACUCACCCUGUCUGCAGAGCCCUCCUCGGCCCUGUGCUCCGGGCCCCAGAAACAGGUCCAGCUCAAACAGAAUUACUGUGCUGCCUUAUGAAGGACAAGGCCCUGGAGCCAGACAAGCAGGUUCUACUGCUGGGACAGAUCUUGGAGUUGCCCUGGAAGGAGCAGACUUUCUUGGUGUUGCAGUCACUCCUGGAGCGGCAGGUGGAGAUGACCCCUGAGAAGUUCAAUGUGUUGAUGGAGAGGCUCUGUAAAGAGGGGCCGGCAGCUGCUACGUCCAUGGCCUAUGCCAAGCUCAUGCUGACAGUGAUGACCAAGUAUCAGGCCAAUAUCACUGAGACCCAGAGACUGGGCCUGGCCACACCCCUAUCGCUCAACACCACUUUCCUGAGGAAGUCCCUGCAGGCUGCCCUGAGACAUCUGGCCCCCUGACCUUCCACUAAGGGACCACUGUCCUCGAGCUCCCUCACCAGCUUCCUGAAGGUCACUUCUGCCCUCACUCUGACCCCUUUGCCUGGGGGUAAAGGCCAAGCCUAGCCGUCCCAGGCAUCACCUGCCUCCCUGUUCCAGGCUGUGAAGAGGCCAUCUUGACCUCCCAUCCAGCGAGGAGGGUACCAGACUAAGGGGGCUGGAUGAGCUGGGUUUCCAAGGGCUGCUGACCUUGGUUCACUCCUUGUCACUGCUACCUCCGGCUAUGGCAACAAACUUUCCUGUAAGCCCCACUAGGGUCACAGCAGACCCAGAAGAGACAAAUGAUGCUCCGGGGGACCACAGAUCUCAUGCUCCAGUGU